AUGCAGGCAUUGCUGGUGUUGGUACCACCAAGUAUAGUGAUCACAUGGUGGUAUAAAACAACAAGACAAAUUGAACAAAAUGUGGAUUUCAAUACCCAUAGCUUCUAUUCUGGAUUUCAAUCACAAAUUCACAUCAUUGCAAAUUCAAUACCACCAUUAAAUUCAUCUGCUGCAAGUUUAGCAAAACUUUUAAGUUCUUCCUUCAACCAAACUGAUGAAAUCUCAUUCGAUGAGAUUGAAAUUAAGGUGGCACCUACAUUGUUCCUUGCAUUUACUACAACCCCAUACCUGUCUCAAAUUUCAUAUGUUGGAUUAGAGGGUCUGUUUUUUUGUUACUACAUUGAUGGAAAUCAAACUCUAUCAACAUAUGCUAACUCCUCGUUUUCGAGCCGAAAGAAGCAUGUUUGGUACAAGCAACCGGUGGAUAAUCAAACAGGGAAGCUAUAUGGAGAACCUGUUAGAUCACAUUCAUUCAAUGUUGUGAAUACAAGUUGGUUUCAAGUAGCAUUAAAUCAUUCAUGGGGGUAUUCUUCAUUAGAAAAUGGGUGGAACAAUGGUGGGGAACCUUUGUUUCUCACUAGUGUUAGCUUGCUUGGAAAAGGUGUUAUUGCCAUGGGAGUACCAGUUAAAAGAUUAACUGAUAGACUUGGUGGUAUUAAUCUUUAUGGUGGAAGCUUAAGCUUGAUUACAAUGGAUGGAAAAUUGUUACUAAAUGGAAUCCCAAACACCAAAUUCAUCUAUGUUAAUGGUACCAUUUUCUUACAGUUUAUGUGGCCAAAUGGUGUUAAAAAUUUCCCAUGCAGCAAUGAUACCCCAGAAACCUAUAAGGUGGACACUGAUGGAAAAGAGUAUAAUGUAUAUGCAUUGGCUUUACCACAUGAAGGAAUAGCAAGCUUUGUUUAUAGCAAAAUCAAUUAUUCUCACAUUGCUCUCGUGGUAACAAUGGUGUUAUUAGUCAUCCCCCUUGUUUUCUUCGUAUCAUCAAUGAUCACCAAUGCUCAAAGGGAGAUUUGCUUACAUGAUAAGCUCAUUAAACAAAUGGAAGCAACUCAACAAGCUGAGAGAAAAAGCAUGAACAAAAGCCUUGCUUUAGUUGGUGCCAGCCAUGACAUCCGAGCAGCAUUAGCCGGUAUUACUGGUUUCAUCGAUUUAUGCCUGGCAAAUGCAGCCCCUGGGUCGGAUUUCGAGACAUAUUUGAAGCAAAUGAGUCUUUGUGCACAGGAUUUAUUAGGGCUAUUGAAUUCUAUACUUGAUACUAGCAAAAUUGAAGCUGGAAUGAUGAAUUUGGAAGAACAGGAGUUCAAUUUGGCUGAUUUGAUUGAACAUGUGGUUGAUUUAUAUCAUCCUGUGGGUAUGAUUAAGGGUGUUGAUGUUGUUUUAGACCCUUGUGAUGGAUCCAUUAUUAAGCUCUCACAAGUGAAAGGUGACAGAGGGAAACUCGUACAAAUAUUAAGCAAUAUACUGAGCAACGCUGUUAAAUAUACUGUUGAAGGGCAUGUAUGUGUUCGAGCUUGGGUCGGAAAGCCUGAUUUCGAAACCGAAAUACUUGCUUCCACUCGGAAAGGUUUAGGCAAGUACAUGUCCAGUUUGUUUUCCGGUAAAAAUGAUGGCAACAGUGACGUCAAAGCAGUAAGUGCAGUUAGACAGAAUCGUAAUUCGGUGGAGAUUGUGUUCGAGGUCGAUGAUACAGGUAAAGGUAUUCCGAAAGAGAAACAAAAAUCAGUGUUUGAAAACUACGUGCAGGUUAAAGAAACAGCAGCUGGACAAGUAGGUACUGGUUUAGGCCUUGGAAUUGUUCAAUCUUUGGUACGUUUAAUGGGUGGAGAGAUUGGAAUUGUUGAUAAAGAGUUUGGUGAAAAGGGCACUUGCUUUAGAUUCAAUGUUUUCCUCAAAGCGUUUGAGAUUCAAGGUAAUGCCAUGUAUGGUGGCACAAACUCGAGCUUUGCCAUUCGAAAUUCUAGUCCCAAACUCGGCAUUCGUACUCCUAGUCCCAAUUUAGACGGAUCACAAGUCGUUCUCUUCAUGCGAAACAUCGAAAGGCGAAGAGUUUCACAAAAAUUCUUGGAGAGUCUUGGUAUAAGUGUAUUAGUCGUAGAUCAUUGUCACCAUUUUCCAUCUGCAUUGAAAAAGAUACAAUCCAAGCUAAAUUCUUUACUCAAUUCUUCAAGGAGAUCAGAUAUGAGUUGUAGAAGUGAUAUCUCAAGUUCGAGUUCUAAAGAAAUGCCUUUAAGUGCCAUGGAAGGAACUGAACAUAAAUUACCUUUCAACCGACGCAAAGAUACACCGAGCUUCAAUCUACUUGUGAUUGAUGUCAAUGCAGAGUCAUUUUCCGAGCUGUGGAGGACUGUAGCUGAAUUCCGAAGAGGCCUUCAUAGUACAUGUUGUAAGGUGAUAUGGUUAGAUAAACCUACUUCACCUUGCAUCGAUCCAAAAAGACUUGAUUCCCGUGAUGAAAUUCUGUUACAACCUUUCCAUGGCUCACGUUUGCACCGAGUGAUAAAACUUCUUUCGGAAUUUGGAAACUUGUCACAAGGUAUUUCAUCUAGUUCAGAAAGUUCAAAGCAUCCAUAUGGCAAGACAAGGUUGAGACACACUCAAGGUAAUGACGAGAUACAAGGAUACGUCAGCUCGAGCAAUGAACGGUAUAGUAAGCAAGGAUCGUCAUCACCUACACUAGAGCGUACUCGUGGUAGGUUGAAAUCGAAAAGAAAGAACAAGGACGGUGCCGAGUCGAGUAACGGAUAA